CUGAACUGGCCCCCCCGCCCAGCUGGUCCCGGCGGUGCCGUGACGCCGCCCCGUCUCCGUUCUCUCCGCAGGGAUCUCCGGGGCUCUCCGGGGCCGCGCAGCGACGCCGGGGGGGGGACCCGGCCGGAGCCGCCCCCCCCACCGCCGCCUGCCCACCCCGCCUCGGGGGGGUGUGGGGGGUGGCCGCCCCUGCCGCCGCCGCUGAAGGAUCCUCGCCCGGGCGCCGCGGAGCCCCGGGGCGUUGGGGUUGGGGCGGGGGGGGGACGCGCUGAGCCGCGGCCGGCCGCCGAGCCGAAACCAUGUGAGCGGCGCCACGGCCGGGCCCCGCGUCGUCUCAUCUUCCUCCUCCUCCUCCUCCUCCUCCUCCUCGCCGCCGCCACCCGCUCCCGCCGCCACCAUGAUGUUCCGGGACCAGGUGGGGAUCCUGGCGGGGUGGUUCAAGGGCUGGAACGAGUGCGAGCAGACCGUGGCCCUGCUCUCGCUGCUCAAGCGCGUCACCCGCACCCAGGCCCGCUUCCUGCAGCUCUGCCUCGAGCACUCGCUGGCCGACUGCGCCGAGAUCCACGUCCUCGAGGCCGAAGCCAACAGCGCCGCCGUCAUCAGCCAGUGGCCGCAGGAGCCGAAGGAGAAGGCGAUUUCGCUGCUGCUCUCGCACCUGCCGCUGCUGCAGCCGGGCAACGCCGAGGCCAAGGCCGAGUACAUGAAGCUGCUGCAGAAGGUGCUCGCUUACUCCAUCGAGAGCAACGAGUUCGUGGAGGAGAGCCGGCAGCUGCUCUCCUACGCCCUCAUCCACCCCGCCACCACCCUGGACGACCGCAACUCCCUGGCGCUGUGGCUCGGGCACCUGGAAGAGCGGCUGGCCGGCGCCUACGGCGCCCGCGGCCGCCCCGAGGCCGCUUUCCACUCGCGCCAGGGCUCCGACGAGUGGCAGGGCCCCGGCGAGGCCGCCCUGGGCGACCUGGGCGCCGGCUGGCAGGACAAAGCGCCCCGCGAGAACGGGCAUUCGCCCUUCCACUCGGCCGGCGGCUCCGGGCCCGCCGCCGUCAACAGCCUCGGCGGCGGCAGCCCAGACCAAUCUGGUGUGACACUGGCACGGACCGACCCUGUUUGA